GUUCUGUUGCCCUGUGUUUUUAAAAACAAUUCCGAAAUUUUAUUUUAUCUUAUAAUAUGGCUGCGCCCGUGAAUUUCCACGGAUACAACUUGAGAGCCAGAGUAAUUUUUAGGUUAUUUCAGUUCUCUAAGAAGGUAUUUUUGAUUUUCUUAUAUUUGCAUCAUAUGAAAUUUUGGUAAAUUGUGUACUUUAACAUUAAUUAUUUUUUUCUUUGAUGAGGCAUACCUCGAAAAUGUGUCAUAUUGAGGUUAUUUGUCCAAAAAAUAGGUAACUAGGACAGUAGGACUAGACUAGUCCUAGGUUAAUUUAAUGCCAUGGUCAUGGGGUUAAUCGUACUACUAAAGUACUUUAGGCCCAUAGCUAUACAUAACUAGAAAUACUAACAAAUAUCAGUUUUGUUAACUGUAAUCCCCCUGUAAUCAGCACUACUCAUUUCCCCAUUGCUUUUGCCUUUCAAGGCCUUUGCCUUUGCACUACCUUUUUUUUUUCAAGUGCACAAGAUACACGUCCGGCGACUUGUCACGUGACCGCCGGACAUGGCCGGACGGCUAGUAGUUUUUAUAAUUCCAAACGAAGUAUGAUUUAGUACAUCUUGUCUGGUCUUGUGGUAGAGUGGUUGCUUGACGAUAGGAAUGUUUGAGGAUCUAUACCGGGGAUAGGGUCGUUUUUUUUCUUCCCAUUUUAAUUAAAAUAUUUUGUAUAUAUUUAUAUUAUCAUGUUCCUCAGCAACAGUAGUUUCAUGAGAAGUUUUUAAAUAUUUUGUAGCAAUUGAAAUAAUUUAAAAUGAAAUCUUUAACUUUUAUUGGUUGCCACACUGGCCCCUAAUUUAUUUUAUGGAUUACUGGUACACAAAAAAUAACAAACUAAACAAAAAUGUUUACAAGCCACUUUCACUUAAGUUUCUUUUUCUAGUAUUUGCAUUCAAGAUACUCAGUACAUUACUUGGUAGAGAAAUAGAUUUUAAAAUUAACAAUAGUUUUGAAUUAUUCGCAGUCACGUGACAAGGCUGACCGACAAGAUAUCUCUCGCCACUUUGUUACGGCGGUCAUGUGACUUGGUCGCCGGACACAUAGUGCGGGAGAUAGACGUCCGGCGCGCCGGACGUGUAGACACUGCCUUUUUUUUUUUAUAUCAGAAAAUAAGAUAGACAUGAUAGACCAACGCCAACAUGCAAACAUAUCUCAUAUUAGUAGAUGUUGUAGAUAAGAAUUAAUAUUAAGUUUUAUUUUUUACCUAAACUUCAAUAGCUUUUUUUUGUGUAGACUAUUGCUUGAAAUUUAAAGAAGAAAAAAAUUACAAACCAAAUUUUUUUUUUUAAGGCGAAAAUAAAUGAAAAUUCUAUGGAAAAUGAAGAAUUCACUAUUGUAAAAUACAAAAAUACAGAUACAAAAUACCAAAAACACUUUUUAAUAAGUGUUAAGAAUAUUAUUUUGUUACUUUUAAAAUGCUUAAAGUAAAAGAAAUUCCAAUGUCAUGUAAAUGUAAUGCUUUUGCAUGUUAAUUGAUGUACAUAGCAUAUGUAAUAGGAGAAAAUAUGAUUAAAAGUUAAUAGGCAACACAUUGCUAUGACUUAUUCUAAAUGCUGCAAUGAUUUUGAGGUUCAAAGUUAAACUUUUUUGGCUCACUUCUAUGGGUAAUGGUUUAAGCCUUGAAUGUCUUUUUAUAUUUUAAGAUAAUAAAAUGCUUUUCAUGUAAGGUAGGUACCCCAAUACUGGAUUACGGCACUGUAAGGGAUUGAUGGUAUGUAGAUGUUAUGUAAUUUAUGUACAAUCUUAAAACAUACUUAUGUCUAACACAUGUAUUUGUUACUAAUUUAAUUAUUCAUCUUUGCGUAUUGCCCCAGAAUUUUAAUCUAAGUCUACACCGGUGCAGUCACAAGCGAGCAGUUGCCUCAACUAUGAAGCUCUAUGACCGAGACAUGUACUGGAAUGACAAGUGUUUGCCCGAUGAAGCGGUAUGCAGAACCCAUUUAAAUUCUUUUUGCUAAAUAAGGAUCUGCCAUAAAAAAUAGUCUUAAAGACAAGCUAAAAAAAUGUCAAUUUAAAAUUCGCUGAACCAUAAAAUUGUAUCUUUCCUUGAACAAGUUUUUUGUCUUUUUUGGGUACUUGUCGCGUGAAGGAAAAAAAAAAAUUAUGUUUAACCGUUUACAAGCCUUCCAUAUAUCACAGUUUAGGAGAGCGCUGCUUAACUCUUUCUCUCCGUAUCAACGCUUCCAUCGUCUAUUUGAAAUUAAGAUUUUGGCGUAUCGAUUGUCAAUGUAUAAAAACCUGUUUCUAUCCUAAGCAAUUGGUUUUUAAUCAUUUUAAAUCAAUUCUAGAAUGAUUUCCAUUGGAAAACAUUCGGUUUUUCUUUAUUUGAACAAGUUUUUACAUAGAACGAAGUGUUUGAAGCUGUUUUGAUUUUCCAUUUUAUUUUUGUUUUCAAACAUAAAAUCUUGACCUGACCCAUCUGGUAAUUGAUCUAAUAAAGGUUGAAAAUAUUACUCUGCUGAUGAUUUUAUGAUUUCAGAUGCAAAGGCUGAUUCUGAUGAAUCAUAUAAUUAUAAUCCUAGUAAUAGUAUUAAUAGUUCUAGUGACGAAAUAAUGAAACUGGUAAUUCAUCAGGUGAUGUACAACCAGCCCCACCCCCAGCUAAAGUGCACAUCCAUAUGGAUUGUUUUUUAGGCUUACCAUAGCUAAAACCAGAUGAAAAGGUAUAACAUAUUUAUGGUAAAUUUUCCAUUUACCAUAAUCAAUGUUAGUACAUACAAGGAUACAGUGCAAAAAUUUUCUAAUAGCAACAGAUUGUUUCCAGUGGAAAUAGUUUUUUUUUUAAAAUUCAGAAAUUUUUGUGUGGCGGUGACAAUGGAUAAUGCUCCGUUUUUUUUAUUUUUUAUUUUUUUUAAGUUGAUCUUUAUUAUUAGUGAUGCACAUACGAAUAUAGUUCAGAAAAAAACAUUUUUUUUACACUUUGGAUUAUAUAUUUCUCUUUGUGUGGCGUGGAAUGAGCGUUUUGUGAACAAUGGUGAAUUUUCUAUUUAAAAUGUUUAUUUUCCUUAAAUCAUAAUCACAUUUCUAUGUUAAAAUUUAAAUCCAAGUCUGGUUUGCUUGUAAAGGGCAUACAUUACCAUUUAAUUCCAUACCAAACUUACCAUUUUCUGAUGAAAAACAAAAAAGUUAUGAUGGUUUAGAGAUAGCAUAGUAGUGCCUAACUAAUAUGCAAAAAUAGAUAAUUCGUCAGAACACAGAAAUUAUUUCUGGAGAGAAAGAGUUAAGUCAAUUUAACACAUACUUUUUUUAUUUAAGAAAUUGAAACCCUAGCUAUUAUUCAUUGCUUUGUGCCUUCAAAACAACAGAAAUCACCAUUCACAAAGUUGUCCAUAUUCAAUACAACAAACCGUCAUUCACAAAGUUGUCCCCAUUCAAAACAAACAAACCACAUGAAACUGUUCAAACAUCACUAGUGAUAAACUUAAUUUAAGCUGGAACAUCUUAAUGAAUGUUUGUUGGCUUUUAAUGAACUAUACAGAAUAUAUUCUAACAAACCAGCAUUACUUUAUAUUUAUUUUGUAGACUAUUUAUAUUUGUUAUUUUUACAGAAAUUUGAAAAAGUCUUGAUUGCAAAUCGUGGAGAGAUUGCAUGUCGUAUAAUGAACACUUGUAAACGUCUGGGAAUUAAAACUGUGGCGGUACAUAGUGAAGCAGAUUCAUUAGCUGUAAGUACAGUUCUUUAUAUUAUAAUACAAAAUCAGGCAAAACUGCAGUGGAUAUCUACUAAUAGAAUAUUGUGGUUAAAGCUCUUUUUUUCAAAUCAGAAAUAUGAAAGUUAUGGAGGUAUAUUACAUCAUAAUCUCUGUUUACUGUUUAUAAAUAUUGUAAUCCACUAGAUGUUUUUGAGUUCUUAAAGAAGUGACUAUUCUAGCCUAAAAGGUCAGUGUUGUUUGACCUAUCAAAAUAUCAAAUCACCAAUAGGUCCAUACUCGGAUGGCAGAUGAAGCCAUCUGUAUUGGACCGGCUCCAACUAGUGAAAGUUACCUGAGGAUGGACAAAAUCUUGAGAGUCGUGCAGGAAACAGGAGCUCAGGCUGUGAGUGCUUUCUAAAAUUUGUAAAAACCUUUUCUGCGUUCCAAGUUUCUUCCAUAACAAGAUUUGUGUUUAUUUAAGCAUGCGACCUGGGGGGUAGUAGAUAUUUUAGUGUUCAUAACAAUGGGGAUUGACAAUGGAAGCAUCAAGGAAAGAAGAUUUUACGCUUUAAUAAUAAUUGUAACUAGCUUAAUUGAAUUACUAUGAAAUUUAACGUGGACAAAUUUUGAUGUUUUGCCAGGUACACCCUGGGUAUGGUUUUUUAUCAGAAAAUACAGUUUUUGCAGCUCGAUUAGUAAGUUAUUUUCGUUGGAUCUGUGUGUAAAUAUUGAAUUGUUUUGUGUGUAAAUAUUUAAUUCUUUUUUGUGUAAAUAUUUAAUUCUUUUGUGUGUAAAUACCAAAUAGUUAUGUUAUUUAUGGAGUUUUAAGUCUAUUCAAGUUAUUUAUGAUCAAGUUGACUUUUGAAGUUAUUUUAGUUAGACAAUCAGAUGUGUCAUAGUGAAUGGGUUGACGGAUGUGCCAUUGUGUAUGGUCAGGCAGUAAGAUUGCCAUUGUGUAUGGGUACAUGUAUGAGCAAGCAUCACCUUCUAUUAUUGAAUGAUCACCAAUGUUUUUAAAUGAAUUAUACGAUAUUCUUUAGUUCAGGUCCAAUUCUGGAGUACUUUUGUUUUAUUUUAGAAAGAGAUUGGAGUUUCUUUUGUUGGACCCAACAGCGAGGCCAUCCAUGCCAUGAAAGAUAAGAUUGAAAGCAAACGUAUAGCAGCGAAGGCGGGGGUCAACAUGAUUCCUGGCUAUGAUGGGGCAAUAAGAGACGCUGACCACUGUGUGGAACUGGCCAAUUCUAUUGGUACAUGACUUUUUUUUUUUUAGAUCCACUCUUUUAAAACAGCAAUAUUACCUAUUUUGUCUUAGACAAAUAAAAUUCUGAGUGUACACCAAUUUCUUAAUUUUCCACUGAGACCAAAGAUUCUCACACUUUGGGUAGUCAACAACAAGACCGUUUCUGGGGGGGUCUCAAGAUUUUUUUGGAGAUGAAUUUUAAAUCAUGGGCAACAAUAUUACAUUGAACUGUAAGGAAACAUAGUUUAAGGGAGUGCACUGUUAAAGUUUUAUCACAAGGGGGUCACAAGUCUACUAAAGUUUGAGAACGACUGCUUAGGGCUACCGACUGAAUGUUUUAAGUUUGAGAAGCACUGCUGCAUAUCACUGUUGUGAUUUGUAUGAGCAAUACAAAAAUUUGGUUGCUACGAACGAUCUCCUCUGUUGCAGGGUACCCUGUGAUGAUCAAGGCCUCUGCGGGUGGAGGUGGGAAGGGCAUGAGAAUAGCCCAUAGUGAUGAGGAAGCCAGGUCAGAAAUGCAGAUUUGUUUUCAUGUCUAUUAGUGUUAUUGUUGUUGUGUUCAAACCCCAUUUUUAACUUUUAACAUUUAACUGUUUGAAAUAAAGGCUUAAUUUUUUAAAAAAUUUAAAUAAUCUCUCCCCUGGGAGUCUAUAAAUAUAAGUGGCAAAAGUUUGAGUAUCGGUAUGUAAUAAAAACAAAUAUCAAUAAAUCAUGUCUUCUUUCUUGUAGGUCAGCUUUUCGUUUGUCCCAACAGGAAGCUAAAUCCAGCUUUGGAGAUGACUGAAUGCUGAUUGAAAAAUAUAUAGAACAUCCUCGACAUAUUGAGAUACAGGUGAGGUCGUUAUAAAAAUGAAAAACGGGUACUUUUAUUGAGAUACAGGUGAAGUUAUAAUAAAAAUAAAAAACAUGUCAAGUCAUUACAAAAUUAAUAUACAGGUAAAGUCAUUUCAAAGUUUAUAUAGAGGUAAAGUCCUUUUAUUGAUAUACAGGUUGUUAUGUAGCACACAUUCCCCGUGUGUGAACUUUGCUUGACCUAAAUUAGAUCCCUAGCAGAUGGUAGCGUUUGUUGUGGGCGUGGUUUAAAUUCUCUUUGAUGUAUCUUGUUUACAACCACUGCCAAUUACACAUUGGGUAGUAUGUCUCCUGGUAUCUUGUCGAAUCUUCUCGAUAACCCGAGAAAUGUAAACAACACGUCAUAAUUCUUUUCUGGAAGCGUCUUACGCUACAUGUAUAUAAGGGAUUGACAGAUACGGAGAGAUGGAGAUUCAGAUAGAUAUUUUUACCUUCACGAGAUGUUUAUCAUUCAUUGUGUGCUAUAUGUGUUUAUUCACAUUGAUCAUUCAUCAUUAUUCAUUGGCACAUUGCACUAAUUGUGUACCGGUACAAGAUCUACCAUACUGUAAGUUGAUAAUUUGUCAUGAUAUUUCUUUUGUUUUGUAAUUACAUUAUUACUUAAUAAAUCUUAUUGUAAUUAGCAACUGUUUUGGGUGUCCUAUCUUUAAUAUUGUUGACUCUAUGGUAUCCUCCUUUGUUAGGCACUGUUUACAACGAGCCAAUUAAAAUUAAAAUAAGAGGUUAAUUUCUCACAAUAAAAGACAGUGCGUAACAAGGUAAAGUCAUCAAUAUUGAGAUACAUGUAAAGUCAUUAUUAUAUUGAUAAAUAGGUAAAGUAAUAAUAUUGAAUAUAUUUAUUGCAUGUUUGUUACCUUGUGUUGUAGGUCUUGUGUGACAAACAUGGUAAUAGUCUGUGGCUCAAUGAGAGAGAAUGUUCCAUUCAACGAAGAAACCAAAAAGUUAUUGAGGAAGCCCCUAGGUACGUAUAGACCCUGGGUUUAGCCUGGACUGCAUCUUGUGUGACAAACAUGGUAAUAGUCUGUGGCUCAAUGAGAGAGAAUGUUCCAUUCAACGAAGAAACCAAAAAGUUAUUGAGGAAGCCCCUAGGUACGUAUAGACCCUGGGUUUAGCCUGGACUGCCCCGUUUUGGGAAAGGCAAAGUUCAACUGGAUGUCACAUUGUCUUGUUGAGAGCAAUGUCACAUUGUUUUGUGAUUUUAGAGCAAUGCCACGUUUUGUAAAUGAGUGAGAGAUAAUUGUAACAUUGUUUUGUGAUUAGUUGAGAGCAAUAUCAAAUUUUUUUGUGAUCGAUUGAGUGUAAUUGCAAAUAAUUCACUUUAUCUAUCAUUCAAUGGAUGAUCAUGUGGGUAGCUUGCCAGUUAUGUCAUCAUGAAUUCACUUUAUCUAUCAUCCAAUGGAUGAUCAUGUGGGUAGCUUGCCAGUUAUGUCAUCAUGAAUUCACUUUAUCUAUCGUCCAAUGGAUGAUCAUGUGGGUAGCUUGCCAGUUAUGUCAUCAUGAAUUCACUUUAUCUAUCAUCCAAUGGAUGAUCAUGUGGGUAGCUUGCCAGUUAUGUCAUCAUGAAUUCACUUUAUCUAUCAUCCAAUGGAUGAUCAUGUGGGUAGCUUGCCAGUUAUGUCAUCAUGAAUUCACUUUAUCUAUCAUCCAAUGGAUGAUCAUGUGGGUAGCUUGCCAGUUAUGUCAUCAUGAAUUCACUUUAUCUAUCAUCCAAUGGAUGAUCAUGUGGGUAGCUUGCCAGUUAUUUCAUCAUGAAUUCACUUUAUCUAUCAUCCAAUGGAUGAUCAUGUGGGUAGCUUGCCAGUUAUUUCAUCAUGAAUUCACUUUAUCUAUCAUCCAAUGGAUGAUCAUGUGGACAACAUUUCUCAGAAUAAAUGUAAAAAAUGAGAUUGUUAACAUUGCAGUAAAAAAAAUAAAAACCAAAAACCAUGGCGAUAUCUGUUUGUUUAUAAGCACCUCUGGUUUUAUUGGUCUGACAUGUUGAGACUGGGUGGAUGUUGUACGUUUCAAAAGUUGACAUAUUUAAACUGGGUGGAUUUUGUACGUUUCAAAAGUUGACAUAUUUAAACUGGGUGGAUGUUGUACGUUUCAAAAGUUGACAUAUUUAAACAGGGUGGAUUUUGUAUGUUCAAGUUCUGACCACUCUUGUGUUUCUAGUGUGUUUUUGGACUCUGCGACUCGUCAGGCAAUGGGUGAACAGGCUUGCAGACUUGCUCACGCAGUGGGCUACGACUCGGCAGGUAGGGGCAACAACUAUUAAAACUAUCAGCAAUGUGAUUACAAUUUUACAGCUGAACUUAAAUUAUAGUUAAAAUUUUAUAACAUUUUUUUAAAAUUAAUUCCAGGCACUGUAGAGUUUCUAGUGGACAAGAAUAAAAAUUUCUACUUUCUUGAGAUGAAUACCAGGCUGCAGGUGGAGCACCCUAUCACUGAGAUGAUCACAGGAGUUGACAUUGUCCACCAAAUGCUGAGAGUGGCUCAUGGCCACCCGCUUUUACACAAACAAUCUGACAUUCCCGUGGACGGUUGGGCCAUUGAAUGUCGAGUCUAUGCAGAGGUAAUGUCCCCACAGUUGGAGAUAGCUUGUCUUCUGUUACACUCAUAGUUUUAUAGUCCCUGGAGAUCAGAAUAACUUCUGUUAUGCUCAUAUUUGUAUAGUCCCUGAAGAUCAGCUUGACUUCUGUUAUGCUCAUAUUUGUACAGUCCCUGAAGUCUCUUGUGUAAUUUUAAAAAUUUGUCACUUUGAUGUUCGCUCUCCGCAGUAACUCAUUAUUCUAUAUCCCCUUUGAUUUUCUCGGCAUCUAGGAUCCCUAUAAAAGUUUUGGAAUGCCAUCUAUAGGAAGGCUGUCUCGUUAUGUAGAGCCAACCCAUCUGAGUAAUGUAAGUGGCCAUCAUUUUGAUCAUAAGCCUACAAUGAUAGAAGAUGCUUACCUUUGAUUUUCAUAGUUUUUUUUACAUAGCUUCAUCACAAUGCUCUAUAAGCUACCGUAACUUUUUAUAAACUCAAAGCUGUUUUGCUUUGAUCCCAGGAUACAUCUGGUCAUGUUCCAUCUGAAGCUAAUUAAACAUUACCAAAAAAGUUUUAGUUUUGUGAGGUUUGACAGAUGCAGAAGUAAAGUUAUAUUUGUCAUGAAGAGAUGUUAUUGUAUUUUGACAGACUCGUUGUGACAGUGGCAUCAUGGAGGGAAGUGAAAUCAGCAUUUACUACGAUCCUAUGAUCUGUAAACUUGUAACCUAUGGAAGGGACAGGCAGUCCGCCAUGGAUACCAUGAUAACUGCCCUUGACUCUUAUGUCAUCAAAGGUGGGUCACUGUGAUUGACAGAGGUGAAACAUUUAUAUUUCCUUUGACAAAAACCAAAGUGCUAAAUAAUGUACUUUACCAAGGAACGUUAGACUUGUUUCUUUAUAGAAGAAUUGGGGAAGCAGCAGGGUGUAUAUGUGACAACAGACCCUGACAUUAAGGAUUGUUAGCUGUGCGACACACUACACACCCGGACAUUCAGGAUUGUUAACUCUGCGACACACUACACACCCAGACAUUAAGUAUUGACGAGAUGACACAUUACACACCCUGACAUUAAAGAUUGUUGACUGUGUGAUACACUGCACACCCUGGAGUUAAGGAUUUUUUACUGUGACACGCUACACACCUUGUGACAUUAAGGAUUGUUGACUAGAUGACACACUACACAAGCAGCCAUUAAGGAUUUUUGACUGACACACUACACACCUUGACAUUAAGGAUUGUUGACUGUGUGACACACUACACACCUCGAUUGUUGACUUGUUUCAGGUGUAACACACAACAUACCAUUAUUGAGGGAUAUUCUCACUGAAGAAAGGUUUGUGAGGGGAGACAUCAGCACCAACUUCCUGCCGGAGGUUUUCCCUGAUGGCUUCAAAGGUUCGCUAUGUUGGAGCUGCUGCCCUUUCUUGUUUUGUUAUUAUAUUUAAAAUAAAAUUACAAAAGUAUCACUUUAGAUCAUAAACUCAGCUCAGAUAUAAACUGUCCACUCAGUCCCAGGUGUCAAUAUAUAAUUUACUUGACUUGUCAGUUUAGUAAAUAAUCUCAGCUCACAUAUAACUUGUCCACCCAGUCACAGAUGUAAAUAUAUUUAUACCUUCAUCGACAGGUAAACAGCUAAAUAUAAGACAAAGCCAGGAGCUGACAGCAUUAGCAUGUGCAGUCUACCUCAAGGAUCAGCAGAGGUCAAGGACAUUCAUCAACCAAAAGAGGUUAGAGUCAAGGGUCUUUCUUACGAGACAUUCUAUAAAACAAAGCAAAAAAACAUUUGAUAAUUUAUUUUAGCUUUGCUAUCAUAUUGUUUCAUACACUUGUGUGACUGAAUUAAACCGGCUCUAGACAUAAACAAACAUUGGACUGGCUCAAUAAAAAAAACAUGCGAUUCAAAUUUCACUGAUGUCAACUACUUUGUCUGUCCACCCCGCUUCCUCCCAGGAUUCCAUUAGUCGCCUCCUCCAAAAACACCUGGUCACUAAACACUCUGAUCAACAAGGUCCGCUUCCAUGCCCAGGUGACAAAGAUUCAAGAUGGCUACAAGGUAACUAUCAGGUGUUCAUAGAUUUGUGUGAAAAUGGAAAUUUUAACAUUUGUUUUAAAAUAAUUUGAGAUGAUCUCUCGUGUCCACCAACGAGGUUUUCAUAGAUGCAGAUAUGUUUUAUAAUGAUUUGAGAUGAUCUCUUAUGUCCACCAACCAGGUUGUCUUAGCGACAGAUUUGUUUUAUAAUUCGAGAUUAUUUCUUGUGUCCACCAACCAGGUUGUCAUAGCGGGAGAUGUUUUUGAAGUCAAGGGAAAUCUUUCAUUUACUUCUCCCUUGAUGGACCUCACACUGAAUGGGGAGCAGAGGCUACUGCAGGUGAGUCAGUCAUCUCUCUAUGCUACUGUCAGAGGCUACUGCAGGUGAGUCAGUCAUCUCUCUAUCCUAGACUGUCGGAUGUUGCUUCAGAUGAGUCCAUUAUUGCUCUGAUCUAUCAGAAAAUGGUCAACAGCUCAUGAAAUACAUCAGCCAAUGAUAACUUCUCUUCAUUAAAUAAAGAAAGAAGAUAAACAUAUUCAUAGCUUUUUAUACAAAAGAGUGAGAAUAGCAGUAAACUUAAGAAGUUGCGUGGAUGGUUGCUAAUACUGCGAAGUGCAGAAUGUUACAGAGUAGGCAGGUGCUUACCGGAACUUAGGAGUAUGCUUAACCCUUUAACUGUCAAGUGCAUUUUUUCUGUGGGGUCAAGCCAUUUUUAGCCUUUUCAAUUGCUUUACAAAAAUAACAGAAUCACAUACUGAAUGAAUUCAGAGGCCCUUACAGGUGUGCAUUUUCUGAAAGUACAUUGGACAAGGUAUUUUAUUAAGGCAUGAAAAGAAUUUGUUUUUUUAUACAAAGAGAGUAAAAUUUUAUAACUCAACUUAUGCAUUCAAUCCAUAAUUUUUUCAAUCAAAGUUUUUAAGAUACUAGAAGCAAUAUUCUUUUAGAAAAGUUAUAAAAUGUAAAGUUCUAUGUACUUGUAUUGUAAUAUUGGUGAAUUUUUUUUCACUUCCUUCAAAUUUGUGUCAUAAAAAAAAAUACAAAAUUAGUUCUAAAAUUCUUACAACCAUUUUUUUAAUAAUUAAUACUCCAGAACAUAACGCAAACGUCAGUUUCUUUGAAUCACUUUAGAAUAGGUAUUUGGGAUUCAAUUUUUGUCUUUUCUCUUCGAUUUUCACCCAUUCCCAAAUGAAUAUGUCUGUAACAAUAUAACUAAGCUUAGGGCUAAAUUUGUUAAUAUAUGACUCGUACGACAUUACCGCUUAAGUUUAUAUUGUUAUUGCUAACACGUCGCAUAUCUCUGUAAUCAUUGCUAUCAUUUUAAUCCAUUUGAAAUAAAUCCAAUGUAGUCUUAUGUUGAUUUUGAAAUCUAGAGUGGGACCCUCUCCAGCAACAAGCAAAUAGAAAUAUAAAUAGGGAUUAAAACUAUUUAUAUAGAGUGAUUUCUCCUUAACCAGCAAACAUUACAUCAUUAGCAUUUUUAAUGACUAUUUUGUCAACAGCCGAUUAUAUCAGAAAGGCAUUAUGACAGGCACAGGGUUUACAGCAUCUUAGGCAGAAAAUUGUUCAAAUAGAUACUACAUAGUUUUCUUUGAGACGCCAAUUAUUUAAAUUAUUAUUGUUGACCAUUAUUUCAUCAUUGGUUGCUUUCAUCUUAAAGUUGGCUGUUUUAUUAAAUGAUUAAUUGUUCUUAUUUAAAUUUAAUGGAUGAUUAUUCUUAUUUUAUGGAGGAGUUCACUUGUUUAUUUGAAGGACUUGUUCAUGAAUUUGUAUUUCUUAUUUGGCAGAUCAACCAAAGACAUGGAGGUGGUAAAUACGAUCUACGUUUCCAUGGGACAGUGGUUAGUUUCAGUUAUCACAGUGACUGUUGUAAUAUUAAAUUAUUUAGUCAAUGCAUGGUUCUACUAUAAUGGUGAGAAAAUUCAAAGUUUGACCUCAAUAUAUAUAUAUAUAUAGACCUGGUCAUUUAAUGAUUUUGGAAUACAAUUAUUCGAUGUCUUAUACGAUUUUACAACAAGACCUGUCAGAACUACGAUUUAAAAAGACUGAGUUAAUCAAAAUAUAUUUCGAUAAUUUUUAUAAUAAAGUAAAAUAAAAAUUAAAAAAAAGAGAACAUUUUAGGUUGUUAGUUUUUCCUCUUUAAUGCAUCCAGGGAAUGAACCAUGAAAUAUGAUUGGUUGGGACCAUCCAUAAUUUUAUUAUAUUAGGUACACAAUGAGGUGGGAAGGGGGAUGGAGUUGACUUAAGAUUGUUCUGGUGUGCAUGGGAGGUUGUGUCUAAAUAUUUGUAAAGGCCAUAAAUUAGUGUAGUGGCCCUAGAGACAAAUUUAGUCAAAAUUUGUUUUUUUUUUUGCUUAGUUGCUGCAUGGGGUAUAUUUGUGACAUAAUUACUUCAUUCUAAGGCUGGACUGCGGCGAUUGUGAAAAUGGAGAAAACUAUGUAUUUUUUAAAAAAAUGCAUUCUCAACUGCUCAGCACACUUGCCCUAGAUUUGUAAAUUUUUAAAAAUAUCUGGUAACAGGCAUUUGUAAUCUAAAUUUUAGAAGUCUCUAACCAGCUGUACAAUUUUAAAACCACAGUUUGGUUGCAGCGCUCAUCUUCCUUACUUCCAAUAGAGCUUGUGGUAGUAAUUAGUCUAUAAUGUUAAUGGAAAAUGCAAUCUGGCUGCUAGACUGAAUGCAGGGGUGGCCACCUGUGGUCCUUAAAUAUCGUGGCCCUCUGAGUUUAUCUCAAAUGAACUUUUUUCUUUAUUCAAUUAGCAAUUAUUUUCAUUUUUUGCACAAUCGCACAUUUGAAUUAUAAAUAUAUCACUUUUUUGUGACGCAACAAGCCAUUGCAGUGUACCGGCCCUUUUUUGGACAGAUUUGAAAAUGGAUUGAAAUAAUCUUAAAUAUGCAAUGUAGUAACUGCUGAUACUAAAAUUAAAGGAUUUUGAAAAAGUAAAAUAGAUGAUUUUCCACAAACAUUUCUUGAAGUUAAUAUGAUGCAAAAUUAUAUUCAGGUAUACACCAAAGUGUAUCAUGCAUUAUGAAUUAGCAAAUUUUUUUGGGGAAGUGGGCACUGGCAAGUGAUAUUAAUUUUUAGACAUGGGAUGCAAAUUAAAUAGUAUUCUAUGAAAUAUUAUACUGUAUAUUUACUAUUACGAUAAGUAUUGUACAAUUUUGAGAUGGUAAAGAACUAUUCUGAAACAAUUUUGUACUAUUUUGGGAGUUUCAUGUCUGUAUUUAGCACCUUUGAAAUGGCUUCAAGUUUUGAUAAUUUUGAUUUUUAUUUCAAAGAAUUGAUAAAUGCAGCUAGUAAAAUAAGAGUUCUUAUGAAUACAGAAUAGUCGGUAAUAGUCAGCAAUAGUUUAAACUUCAAUUGAAUUGCCCCCCAGUAUCCUGUGAAAGUGUUGGAUGAUCUGGCCUUUGAGUUGAGUCAGUACAUGCUGGAGAAGAAAGUAGUGGACACCAGCACAUUGGUCAUGGCCCCUAUGCCAGGCAUGCUGAGAGGAGUCAAUGUGGCUGCUGGCGACAUGGUCAGUAUGUGUACAUAUUUAUAUACACAUUAUGUUCAUCAUAUCUGUCAUAUACUGAAUGUAUAUAUAUAUUAAUACGCAUAAUAUCUUCAGUACUAUAGACUCAGAAUUUGUCACUAUUUAAAAACAUACAAAAAUACAUACAAUUCAUGUAAAAUAUUUUUGACUAGAGUAAGUGGAAUACAGUCAAGUCAAUCUUGUACUUGCAUUUUCUUGUAGUACUGUGAUUUAUUAUAUUGUAACAAGUGAAUCUCAACAUUUUAUAAUUGGAAAUCUGUAUUUAUCCCUUGGUUGUAGAAUGAAAUUCUGUUUGUAUUUAGGUGGCUGAACACCAAGAAGUCUGUGUCCUCGAAGCAAUGAAGAUGCAGAAUAGUUUGGUCAGUGCCAAGGUUGGAAAGGUCAGUGUCCUCAUCAUAGCUGAGUGACAAUUGACAGACAAGAAAGUUGAUGCAAUGUCAAGGAUUUCAGUUGAAUCAGUUCCCAUAGGAAUUGAUCAUAAUUAAUGGCCAACCAGUUAUCUGAUUUCAUUCUUAUUGCAAUAGAUGUUAAGCUCUUGAAUAAGUCAAAGAAUCAAUUUGUAAGGUCCGCUGACUAGUUAUCUGGGCCAAUUCUUAUUGCACUUGGUGUGAAGUUCUUGAAUAAGUCAAAGAAUCGAUUUGUAAGGUCAGCUAACCAGUUAUCUGAGCCGAUUCUCAUUGCACCAGGUGUAAGACUCUUGAAUAAGUUAAAUAAUCAAUUCGUACAGUCAAUUUCAACUUACAAUGUGCUCUGUUUUGUAGGUGAAGAAAGUUUACUUCAAGACAGGGGAAACUGUGAAUGAAGGAGACAUCAUUGUGGAGUUGGAAUAAAAACAUGUUGUGGAGCAGAUGUGGCAGUGCAUUUGAUAUAAAUAGCUGUGUGCAGUUGUGGGACAGACUGACCUUGUUAGGAAAAGGGUCUAGUAGUAGUUGCUGCCUGAAGAAUGCCAUCAACUCGGUAAGGAAAAACCUCAAAUAGUUGAACUAAAGAUGUCUGCUUGAAAUAUCAGGGAAUAUCGAUUUGAAGUCUGCUUGUAAUUUGUAAUAUCAGGGAAUAUCUAUCUGAAGUCUGCUUGUAUAACAGGUAAUAUCUGACAUCUGCUUGUAAUAUCGGGUAAUAUCUGACAUCUGCUUGUAAUAUCAGGGAACACCUGACGUUUGCUAGUAAUAUCAGGGAACUGACAUGAGCUCAGAUUAUGACUGAAUAAUUAGCUUCUGAAAUUUGUCUAAUUUGCUUAAGCAGGGCAACAUAUAAAUGUAGACAUACAAUUUCUAUUUAUUUUUGUUUCAAACUUUUGUCAAUGGUCACAAAAUGGUAAUUUAUCCCAGUUAAAGAGGCUGUUAAUUUUUUAUUUUACUAUUUUGCUUUGAAGAAAAAACUUUAAAAAAAUUUCAGUUUGUUAUUGUAUAAAAAAAAUUCAUGAUGGAAUUUUCGUGUAUAUUUUAAGUUUAAAAAAAAUCUGUCCAAGUAAAAAUAAGGAUGGGUUUUUCUAACCAAUUAGAACUGUAGUUUCUAUCAGACUACUUUAUGGUGUUCAGGGUAGUGAGUAAUUCAUGCCUGCUUACCAUCAUCCUUAUUUCGGAUCAUUAGCCUUUUCACAAAAUGCAUAUUUACUUUUAAAUAGAGGGGAAAAGUAGGAAAUAUGUACACAAAAUUUGUUGACAACCGGCUCCACACUGAAUAUCUUCAUGUGUUGUUGAGCUGGCUCCACACUGAAUAUGUACACAUGUUGUUGAACUGGUAAGAAGUUUUUUUUUUUUAAUGGAAAGCCUUUAAUGUAUCAAAAUAAUUUGUAUGACAAAUUCUUCAUGUAUUUUGAUGAAUGUUUUGAGAUCUAAAAGGCUUGCACUGUUGGGGUGGUUGUUAAUUGCUCUAUUACCCGGUACUAAAUAUAAAUAACCAUUUUGAGCGUACUGUUGUAUAUAUAAUAUAGAAAACACAUACAUAUCUUUGGGUAAUAAAUAUACAUUUUGAAAUUCUUUAAAUUAAAUUAACGGUUGCCAUAAAUGAGGUAAAAGAUAUUACCGACAAAGAGAUUUGUAAUUUAAUAUUUUACUGUAGAUUUAUUUAAUGAAUGAAAUAUUAAUGUUAGUGAGAUAUGUAAUUGUAAUUUGAUAAAAUUGUUGAAGUGUGAUUUGUCUUUGUAAUGUAAUAAAAUUGUUGAUUUGCUUACUUGUAUUCAAGAAA